AUGUCAACGAAUGUCACUUCGACUACUGGAUCUGCUCUAUUCAGCACGAUAGCUCUGAAUAAGGUGGAAGAGCUUUGGGCUAGCUGGUAUAUUUAUUGGGGGAACGAUGUUUUGGCUACGGGCCUUUUAUUCUUUUUAGUGCAUGAAUUUAUGUAUUUUGGUAGAUGCUUACCUUGGUUUAUUAUUGACCAGAUUCCUUAUUUCAACAAGUAUAAGAUUCAACCAAAUAAAAUUCCUACAAACCAGCAACAAUGGGAAUGUUUUAAAGCGGUAUUGAAAUCCCAUUUUCUUGUAGAGGCUUUGCCAAUUUGGUUAUUCCAUCCUAUUUGCUCGCAGUUGAAAAUAACCUAUGGUGUUCCCUUUCCCAGCUGGAAAAUACAAUUUGCUCAAAUUGUAUUUUUUUUCAUUUGUGAGGAUUUAUGGCAUUAUUCAUUUCAUAGACUUUUCCAUUAUGGAUGGUUUUACAAGAACAUCCACAAGAUUCACCACAAAUAUGCUGCACCUUUUGGAUUAGCUGCCGAGUAUGCUCAUCCUGCCGAAGUUAUGGCUUUGGGAGUAGGAACAGUUGGUUUCCCAAUUUUAUAUGCAUUUUUGGCUACUAAAUACGCUUCGCUACCAUCUAUUCAUUUGUUCACAAUUACGCUUUGGAUCGUUUUGAGAUUAUUCCAAGCUGUUGAUUCGCAUUCAGGCUACGAUUUCCCAUGGAGUUUAAAUAAGUUUUUCCCACUUUGGGCUGGAGCAGAACACCACGAUGACCACCAUCACUAUUUCAUAGGUAACUACGCAAGUUCUUUUAGAGUAUGGGAUUGGCUUUUAAGUACAGAGUGUGGUGAUUUGGCAAGAGUCAAUAGGGUCAAAAAUGCAAAUAACAAGAAUGAAAAGAAACAUAAAAUAGGUAAAUAG